AUGAACUCUCUGUUCAUCUCCAUCCGCCGUAUCCUCCCCUUAAACCCUAAUCCUCACCACCACUUCCUUCUUCACAAAUUCUUAUCAUCUCGCCGUUCAUCGCCGCCUAUUCCUGUCGAGCCUCUAAUCCAAUGGUUACAAUCACCCGCCGCACCCGAUUCCACAUAUACUCCGACGCAUCAAAUCACCGUCCCUGAUCUCUCCACUAUAUCGAAUCUUCUCGAAAAACCUAAUGUUAGACCCGGUUCGAGUCUCGUGACCGCUCUGGACGAAACCGGAAUCGAACCGAGCAUUGAGUUGGUUCAGACGCUAUUCGAUCGGUUAAGUUCAUCGCCGAUGUUGCUCCACUCGGUGUUCAAAUGGGCGGAGACGAAACCUGGGUUUACACUUUCCUCUUCGCUGUUUGAUUCUGUUAUCAAUGCUUUGUGUAAAGCUCGUGAAUUUGAGAUUGCUUGGUCUUUGGUUUUUGAUCGUGUGAGAAGUGAUGGAGGAUCGGAUUUGGUUUCUGCUGAUACGUUUGUUGUUUUGAUCAGACGGUAUGCUCGUGCUGGUAUGGUGCAACAAGCGAUACGGGCUUUUGAAUUCACUAAAAGUUAUGAACCGGUUUCGAAAUCAGCUUCGGAAGUUAAGUUGCUUGAGGUAUUGUUAGAUGCUCUUUGUAAAGAAGGACAUGUUAGAGAAGCUUCAAUGUAUUUGGAGAGAAGACGAAGUAUGGAUUCAAAUUGGGUGCCUUCGGUUCGGGUUUUCAACAUUUUACUGAAUGGAUGGUUCCGUUCAAGAAAACUGAAGCAGGCAGAGAACCUAUGGGCGGAAAUGAAAGCGAUGAAUGUGAAACCGACUGUUGUCACUUACGGUACUAUCAUAGAAGGGUAUUGUAGGAUGCGUCGUGUUGACAUUGCUAUGGAGGUUCUUGAAGAGAUGAAGAUGGCAGAAAUGGAGCUCAAUUUUAUGGUCUUUAAUCCCAUAAUCGACGGUUUAGGAGAAGCGGGUCGGUUAGAAGAAGCGCUAGGAAUGAUGGAAAGGUUCUUCGUUUGCGUAUCGGGUCCUACCAUAGUGACUUAUAAUUCACUUGUGAAGAAUUUCUGCAAGGCUGGAGAUUUAUCUGGUGCUAGCAAGAUACUCAAGAUGAUGAUGAAUCGAGGCGUUGAUCCUACCUUGACUACAUACAACCAUUUCUUCAAGUAUUUCUCAAAGCAUAACAAAACCGAAGAAGUCAUGAACUUGUACUUUAAGCUGAUUGAAGCUGGACAUAGUCCAGAUCGGUUUACAUACCAUUUGAUCUUGAAAAUGCUGUGCGAGGAUGGGAAGCUAAGCUUGGCGAUGCAAGUGAACAAAGAGAUGAAAAACAGAGGAAUCGAUCCCGACUUAUUAACAAGCACGAUGCUGAUUCAUUUGCUCUGUAGACUCGACAUGUUCCAAAAAGCAUUCGAAGAGUUUGAGAACACUGUGAGACGAGGGAUCAUUCCACAGUACAUCACAUUCAAGAUGAUCGAUAACGGGUUGAGAUCGAAAGGGAUGACCGAGAUGGCGAAGAGACUAUCGAGUUUAAUGUCGUCUCUUCCUCACUCGAAGAAGCUACCAAAUACAUACAGAGAAGCGGUAGAUGCACCGCCUGAUAGAGCGAGAAGGAAGUCUAUAUUACAUAGAGCAGAAGCAAUGUCUGAUGUAUUGAAGGAUUGCCGAAACCCGAGAAAACUCGUGAAGAUGCGUGGAUCGCCUAAAAAAGCUAAUCUUGAAGACGAAAACUCGAUAGAUGAUCUAAACGAACGAUAUAGAGAUGCAGGGGAUUUUGAGUGA